AGGAUUCGGCGAAUAAAUCCUGAAGAAGAAGGUCAUCACAACCGAAUUUGGAGGCAGAAAUCUUCAUCGGAAAACUUGCGAAUCGGAGAAAAUUUCCUUGACUACGGAGAUGGGUCGAUCGGCGGUGUUGAAGACGAUGAUCUGUGCGACGGUGGUUCUCUUCUGUGGAUUUGGUCAGUCUGUGAUCUGUAGUGAAGAAGGGAGCGACAAUUUCAUAAGGGCGAAGCUUGGUGGUGUUGGCGAAUCGAGAAAUGGUUGCAACAGUGCCGAGAUCGAAGACAUCGCGCGUUUCGCUGUUCAAGAACACAACAAGCGAGAGAAUGCCUUUCUUGAGUUUGCUGGAGUGUUGAAGGCAACGGAGCAGGCGGUUGCUGGUAAGCUCUACCAUCUGACUCUCGAAGCAAUCGAAGCGGGUUCUAAGAAAGUGUAUGAAGCUAAAGUCUGGGUGAAGCCAUGGAUGAACUUCCAUGUUUUGCGCAUGGAACUUGAAGUACAGAGGUUCUUGCAAGAUCCUGAUCAGCAGCAGUUUGAGUUCCAACAUUAUCCGACAUCUUACCUUCGGCUUGCGGCACAUCGUGUUGCUCAGCAUUAUGGACUUGUGACCAUGGUCACGGACAGUGGUUCAGAUGGCCCUGGUAAUAGAAUUCUUGUGAGAAAAACGGCCGAAACCAGAUACCCGCUGGUCCGCUUGUCUGAAAUUCCCGUGAAACAGCCAGAGAAUGUGUUGACUUCCGAUCUUGGCCUGAAACGAGAUGGAAGCGGAUUUGAAUGGAGAACAGUACCGACAAACGAUCCCCAGGUCCAAGAGGCAGCAAAACAUGCUGUAAAAUCCAUUCAGCAGAGAUCCAACUCUCUGUAUCCUUAUAAACUUCUGGAUAUAAUCCUAGCCCGGGCGAAGACCUUCGAAGACCGUGUCAAAUUCGAACUGGUUCUGAAGAUACAGAGGGGCAGCAAACUGGAGAAGUUCAUGGUUGAAGUGAUGAAGAAUCAAAAUGGGAGCUUUUUCUAGACGUGGGUAUGCACCGCGCCUUUGAUGCAUAUAUAUGCAGUGGCUGGCUGUUAUGUGAAUAAACAUGGGUUUGCAUUUUUUGCACCUUUUUUUUUUGUAUAUACAAGUUGUGUUUUCCUUUUUGGCACAGCAACAAAACUUAUAUCCAUGUCACUAUGUACUAAGAUUUCUCUGUCUUUGUAUAAACUAAGAAAGGAAUUUCCACAUGUAAUC